CUUUCAUGGAAUUUCUUCCAGCCUACAGAAGCAACAAAGUCCCAGUUACACCCAAUCACUGGUGAACUCCAGCUUCAAGUGAAUUAUGACAAACAUCUUGGUCACCUCAUACUUCAUGUUCUACAAGCAAGAAACCUUGCUCCCCGGGACAACAACGGCUAUUCAGACCCUUUUGUGAGAGUGUAUCUCCUACCAGGAAGAAGCCAAGUCAUGGUUGUCCAGAAUGCAAGUGCCGAGAACAAGAGAAGAACAAAGCAUGUGCAGAAAAGCCUGAACCCAGAAUGGAAUCAAACUGUGAUUUAUAAAAACAUUCAUCUGGAGCAGCUGAAAAAGAAGACCCUGGAACUGACUGUUUGGGAUUACGACAGAUUCUCUUCUAACGACUUUCUCGGAGAAGUGCUGAUUGACUUAUCUAACACCUCCAACCUUGACAACACACCAAAGUGGUAUCCUCUGAAGGAAGAGAGUGAGAGUAUCGAUCAUGGGAGGUCUCAUUCGGGGCAGAGUAACCAGGCUUCGCCAAAGCCAUCGGUGAUCAAAAGCAGAAGUCACGGAAUAUUCCCAGAUCCUUCCAAGGACAUGCAGGUGCCCACUAUUGAGAAAUCUCACAGUAGCCCCGGCAGUUCCAAGUCCUCCUCCGAGGGACACCUGCGCUCUCAUGGACCGUCUCGCAGUCAAAGCAAAACCAGUGUAACUCAGACGCACCUCGAAGAUGCCGGAGCUGCCAUAGCGGCGGCUGAAGCAGCUGUACAGCAGCUCCGCCUUCAACCAACCAAUGAGAGCAAAGAUACAAGUCAGCUCGCCAUCAGGAAAGUGAUGUCUGAAGGAACACCCAAGACUGAAGCAAGGUCCGGCCACAGAGUUACAGAAUCUGCUGCAUCGACUGCCUCGUCCAUGAGCAGUUUUGGCAGUGGGUACAGUGAAGACAGUGAAGGCAGCACCACAGUGGGAGAAAACAAUAUCUUCCCUGUUCCCCGAAUGCAUGAAGAACAAACAUCACACUCCUACACAAAAGAAUGGGGAAAGGCUAUUCCAAAUGGCAUGGACAAGACCAGAGGUCAGGACCCACUAAAGCAGACACCACUGGGCCUAGGAGAUGCAGAAGGUAAAACACAAGUCAUGGGGGAGAUUAAAAUUGCUUUGAAGAAAGAAAUGAAGACAGAAGGAGAACAGUUGAUAGUGGAAAUUCUUCAGUGUAGAAAUAUAACCUAUAAAUUCAAAUCUCCCGAUCACCUUCCAGAUUUGUACGUGAAGUUGUAUGUCAUUAAUGUGGCGACGCAGAAGAGGGUGAUUAAGAAAAAGACAAGGGUGUGCAGGCAUGAUCGCGAGCCAUCUUUCAAUGAGACAUUCCGGUUCAACAUGAAUCCAGCGGGCCAUUCUCUACAGCUCUUUUUGGUGUCAAAUGGAGGGAAGUUUAUGAAGAAGACAUUAAUUGGAGAGGCCUACGUCUGGCUUGACAAGGUGGACCUGAGAAAACGAUCUGUAAACUGGCACAAACUACUAGUCAGCUCCACUCAGAGCCAUUCAUAAAUAAAACAGCUCUUUGUUUCAGGUUUGUGAGAGGAUGUCAAGGGUUUGGGGUUUCGUGAGAUUACUGGUAUCGUACAUAAGAUGAACAGAUCCUAGUUUCCCAUGGGGGACUGGAACUAAUUCAGGGAUGAUUUUUUUAGAAUAUGGCUGCUAUUGCGAUUUAAGGUUUGCGGAGAUUAUUGGAUAAGGAAUAGAAGAUGGAGCCAAGCAACAUGCAAAAAAAAAAGAAAUGGGAAAGAACCUAUGAGCACUUACAGGAAGGUGUAAAUCCAGUGGAGUGAAAGACGAAGCAAAUUGGCUUUCAGUGUCAAACAACAGUAAGUUAAAUAUGCAGUACAGACCUGGGCAAGCACCAAGGCGUCAGCUUUUGCAUCUUGUGCUUAUCAGGAGUGUUAGAAUAUCCCCUGGACCCAAGAGAUGUCAACAGCACAUUGCCACAAAGGUAUAUGAAGGGAACAUUUUUUUUCUCCUCCACUCUCAUCAUUCACCCAUUACGGUACAUUGCAGUGCUUGCAAUGUUUUUUGUUUUUAUUCGUUUGAAAGAACAGUUCUAGAACAAGUGAAAAUGGUUGCCUCUAAUACUUUUGAAACUAUGUCAUAAAAAUACAAAGCCCAAAACAUUUCUUAUUGCAGUAGUUUGGUCAAGCCCUACGUUAGUAAUAAGAGUCGUGAAUUUCACCUGGGUAACUAACCUGCCUGAGGACAAUGAAAACCCGUCCUUAAGAAUGGAAGGUGAAGAUGAGAAGGAGAGAGGAUUGUGAAAAUGAGACAGACCAGUGAGUAAGCAAGAGGCAUGAUAUUUAUACAUAGGCUGGCAGAAGAGGGUGAGAUUGGGGUUUGACCUCCUUCUGAACAUUUAAAACUCCAUUAUGGGUUGCCAGCAAAACAUGGAAAUGCAGCCAUCAUUAUUCAAGCCCUUUGUCUUGAAUAAGGAAAUAGUACAAAAUGCAUGUAUUAAAUUAAAGAACUAAACACUUUUCCCUCGAGCCUUGCUGUCUCCAAUAUACUGUAUAUUUCCAAAAUCCUGUUUUUCAUAUCAGUUACUAAACAUACUAAAUAUGUAAUUAGUCAGUGUAAUAAUGUAUAUAGAAAUUCUAAUAAUAAAGGUAGUAAUAAGUGGCCAGAAAUUGGAAAGAUAUUGGACAGCACUACUACUGUAUAUGCACAAAUAAUCAUAAAUUUAACUAUAAAUGAUAUUAAUAUGCUUUACACUGUUCACCAUUUAUUUCUUUGUUGCUUUUGAAAAAUGUUGUUCUGGACAUGCAUUUAAUUAAAAUAUUGUCUUUUGAAUCAUGAAAUGGUUUGUUAUGGAACUGAACGUUUUAUUCAACAGUGACCACCAUUGUUGUAGAUACAGUAGAUCUGCAAAGGUUUGGCUGUUAAGGCUUUUUGUCUGAACAGAGCACAGACCUCUGUUGCUUACGGAUUUGUAAUGAUUGCUCUUUAUGACAGUGAGCAUUCAUGUUAGGUGACACUGGUAUUUCCAUGGAGGAUUAAACAUGGAGAAGUGAAAUACAAUAUUAUGUAUGAAUCAGGAUUCUUAAGAUAUAUUGUGCUGACAUUCCUGACUGACUCAUUGGUAAUGGCCAUACCUGCAGACUUUUUAAAUAAAAAAACAUACAUUUGCUUUUAGUUCAUUGCUUUAUUUAUUUUUGUUUGAUUUCUUUAUGUGGUGCUACAAUGAACUGCUUGUUAGAGUCACUUUGUCAUGUCCAAAUACUGUAGAAUCCAUAGAAGCUCCACUGAAAAUAAAAAUGCUAUGAUCUUUCCCUUAAGUAUAAAAAUAAACAGAAUAGCAUGUAUAUAUUUAAUUUUGUUCAGUCUUACACAUGCUUCAGUCUUACGCAUGCAGUUUUUGUUUCUCACAUUUGCUUAGAGGUACAAGAAUCACUUGGGCUCCAGUAAGCAAAACUUGCCUCCAGUUAAUGGUACUGUAACUUCAGGCAGGCUCUUCACUCCAAAGAAACCAGGAAUCUUGCCUGUCAGUAUUUUGAAUCCUUGGACUAAAAUUUCAGUGUCCUGACACUAUUAUUCUGUAGAUAAACUGGAAAUGAUUCAUUUUGUGUCAAAGUACCAUAAUUUGUGGUUGUUGCCCGGCCUUCUUUGUGUAAAAUAACAUUCCAGAUAACUGUUGUAAAAUGUUGUCACAGGUACUUCUGGUGUCUUUUUUUUUUCUAAAAUGCGGAAGUUUACAAUGUUAGAGUUCUGAAGUCCUGGGUCCAACUGUGUUACAUUAUGGUGCCAGUCGUCCUUCACAGUACUAGAUGUUAUUUCUCUACAGCUGGUUAUUAUGUAUUUGCAUUAUGUUCCUUUCCACUGGUCUCAUUAGCUCCUGUGUUUUCCAAUCAAUUACCUUUUCUUGGAGCAGCUAGGUUUCGUGUCAUUCACCGUCAUUAUUCACACCAGCGCUCCUAAUGCAGUUGUUUUUUCCUCAUUUUUUUUUUAAAUGAGUGCCUAAUUUUUUUUAAUAGUAUGCUUUCAGCUCAUUAAAAACUGACCAACACUAUUUGGUGUUAGAUUUAUACAGUGCUCGAAUAUCCCCAUCUUCCUUUCCUUUACACUUGAUUGGAUGAUUGUGAUCAUGUACUGUAUAACUGUACAAAAGGAAAGUGAGAAAAGCAGACCAAAUAGUCUCCGGACUUUCCAUGUGGUACUGAGUACUAUGAGGUAUGAGUGAAUAAACUGUUGAAUACACAUACAAUACAGAUGUCAGUUAUGCUCUUGCAGUGUUAAAAGCUACAGGGUUGGUUAAAGAGUCAAAUGUGCUUAUAACACGUGCCAACCUAAUUUUUAUAACCAAAUCCAUAGAUUCUGUUGAAGUAAUUCUAUGCAACAUAGACUUUGUGCUUUGAAUGCAUUUUCUUAAUGUAUGGAGAUAUAAAGAAAUGUUUUGUCUAAAAAAAUGAAUCUUAUAAAGAGAAUAUUUGCUUUCUGUCUGUAUAUUAUUCUGUAUCUUUAUUUCUUAUCUUCUACCUGUUUUGGGUCUUAAAUGGUACAAAUUGAGUUUGUGCACUUUAUGUUUAAAUCCUUUUUUCCUGAUUGCUGUAUGCAAUGUUUGUAAAAAAUUUUUUUUGCGUUCUGUUUUUAUUGAAUGAAGGCAAAAUAAAUAUUCACUAAAGGGGCAUUUUGGUCAGCAGCACAAAUCAACAUUUUUGUUUACAAAAAGUUUUAACAAAAUAUGCAUACAAAAUUGCUGCAUUUUUUUUCUGUGAUAAAGUGGAUCUACAUUUCCCAUAGUAAGUGGCUUAAUGCUGUAUAGAACAUAAAUUUAUGGAGACAGAAUCCCUUUUCACAAAAUCUUUGAAUCAGUUCUUAAGAUGCUCCUUUCUUCAGUAUUGUGUUCUUAACAUUCCAAAUUGUUCAAUCAUAUAUUUUUCAUUAUGUAAAACACUAACAACAAACAACUAAUGUUUAACAUGCACAUACAGUACAUAGAAUCAAGGUUUACUAUUCAUUUUUUUAAUCUGAACUUCAGAGUGUUUGGAUGCUGUCUCCUAAAUUUUCCUAUUGCUCCAUUUUCUGUUUCCAUUACUGAUCUCUUGUUUGCUGGUGAUCUGGAAACCAAGAAGUCUUACAAUUAUCUUGAAGUGAAUUGUGAGAAUGUGGUUUCUUUAUUUGUAACCUUGUAAAUAUAUAGCAUUUUUUUCUACAAGAAGAGAUUUAAAUAAUAAUUUAUUUGGUCUGGCAUUGAGCAUGUGAAUGUGGAAAAAAAAAUUCUCUUUGACUGUAUCUGUAUAAAUGUCCAGUGGCGUGCUCAGGUGAUCAUAUACAGUAAAUGGCUCAAUAGAGUGUGUGCUAUCAACCCAUCAGAAUCUAUACAGCCGACCUAAAGUUUGACUUCUUGAAAAUUCACAAAAUCAAAAAAUCAACUUGAGUAGAUCCAGGAGAAUUUAAAUGUUUUCACAUUGGAUGUUGCAUGUUUAGUUGGUGGUUUGUUAAUAUGAUUUUUGCUUCCAGAUUCUAUUAAAAGAGAAAAUUGUAUAAAUUUAUUUAAAGCAGUAUGCUGAUUGUACAAAGAUAUGCUUGUAAAAUCUGUCUGGGUUUUCACUCUAUGUAAAAAUAAAAAAAAAUAAUGUCAUGGUUUUGUGGUUGUACACAGGAUGUAUCGAGAUAUUAUGCAAAUUGUGCUGUACAAAAGGCUGUUUCCCUGAGUCUAAAUAAUAAAUAUUGAAAACAAAA